UAUUGUUGUCGUAGUAACGCCUCCAUUUUAGUCCAAUAUGGAGGGGAAAAUGGCAAUGGUUCGCACUCUACCGCCGCUUGCGGGGAGAGGAGGGCCUAUUGGACCUAUGUCCCCUCGGAUGGGUCCUAAAUUUGAUGGAUUAACGGGACCAAGUUACAAACUGGACAACAAGACAUAUCCCCUGCCAAACCCAAAAGCAUUAAAGCCGUAUGCUGAUACUAUAGCUGGCGCAAUAGAUACAUGGCCGGCUCAUGCUAGUGGACACAACGUGCCACGUACAACACUAGUGCUCACAAAGAACAAAAAUCUGGUGUUAUAUGAUGAGGAUUUAAUGGGAAAACCGCAGAUUAUUCCAAAACCACGCUUCCUUGAACAGCUAGAGGGCUACCUGAAAACAGAACUUAAGGCUCUUGGAGUUACCCAAGUCCUGCCUAAUGACCUUAGACUGCAGGCCCACAGAGAAGUGUUUGAGUACCUGAUAGAAGAUUUUAAGACCUACAAACCACUGCUGUCCUCCAUAAAGAAUGAGUACGAGAUGAUGCUGGCCUUUCAACGACAGCAGAUCCGAGAGCUGGACCCUCUCAAACAAAUGUUGGUGACGGUGUCGGAGCAGUGUGACCAGAAAAUAAUGGCCAUUAGGGAGGAGGAGAAACAAGAGAUCAGAGAUCUGAAGAUGGAGAACAGACGCCUGAUGGAUGUGAUACAACUGAUGAACAACAAGCAGAAGGACCUGAUGACACAGGUCGCCAAGCUACAGGAAGAUCUGGCCACCGAGUACCAUCGGUACCGCGACGAGUGUGACGCACGCAAACAAUUGGUGUCGGACAUCAACGACCUGCGCUACCAACAGGAUGACUACAUGAUGUCGAAACAGUCGGCUUCAGACGAGGCACAGGACGACCCCAUGACACUCAAAAUAGCUCUCAAGAAAGCCCGGGAGGAUGAGAAAGCCGCCACAGAGCGACUCAACAACAUGGUGGCCAAUUACGGUGAUGUCAUACCCAGGAGGGACUUCGAACUCAUAGAAGCUAAAUACAAUCAACUCCAGGAACUCUACACCACAGCCCAGGAUGAUUUCCUCAAACUACAGAAGGAGCAUGAUGCCUUGUUGGAUGUCAACAAGACCGUGACGAAGCAGAGAGAUGAGUACUACAUGGAGUGUGAGACACUGAAGCGCAGCUCCACCCCCAGACCUGACUGGGACAAGUGUGCUGACCACGUCCAGGGCGGGAUGGCCAGGUGGCAGGAGUUGUCCAAGGGCAAGAGGAGCAACGAAUUGGUCGAUGUCCUUAUCGCUGAGAUCGCGGCGGGAGGAGCCGGGGAUUUGGGAGGAGCUGAAUACUUUGAUGGCCAGGGUACUGGUCCAACUGUGCCGAAGUACCUGCAAGUGGAAGGCCCUGUCCGCAACCGACGACUUGGCAAGCGGGACUGUUCGAUGCUCAUCAGAGACAUCUGGAGGGAAAAGGUGGCACAUGAUGCAGAGAGAACUGAUGGAAAGCGAGAGGCCAUGAGUGAAUUCAUGGACCUGUAUCUCGAGCGCAGAUUCCCUAUGCCUCAGAUGAAGAUUGAAUGGGGAUACAACCUCCAGGAUGCUUGUGAGAGAUAUGCACAUGAUGAACUCAUUGGCCUUUUCUGGGGAGUCCUCACCUACAACAUUGAUGAGGAGAUAUACCAUGACCAAAUGAACAAGGUAGAACAACUGUUGAACCACCUGACCAAUGCAGACAUGGAGAAGGGCAACCAGGAGAAGGUCAGUAAGGAUGAGCUGCGCCAGGGCCUGCGGGCCACCUUCCCCGGCAUGGAGGACGAGACACUUAUGGUCGCCAUGAAGGCAGCAGACGUGGAACUAGACUCCAAGGAAGAGGACAUUGAAUACAAGGAACUCUUUAAGGAGGAUGAUGAAGGUAGGACUGGACCAUUCCUGGAGGAAGUCAUGAAGUUCAUCAAACAAGAACGACUCACAUAUGUCGAGGAUAUUAAACAACAGCUAGCAGGCAUCAAUAAUGUGACUGUGGACGACCUGAAGAGAGCACUAAGUCUGGCCGACCCUGAAAUAGACAAUACCCUCAUGGACAAAUAUCUGGCAUGGGCAUUUGACACAACUGCAGAAAAAUUCAAUGAAGUCGAACCACUUGAACAGUCAAAACUUGUGGAAAGACUACGGAAUGGUUGUUUGCACAGAGCUGGUAAAAAGAUGUGAUUCACGUUUGGAUGGUAUAGCUGUGUCUAGGAGCUGGCCAUACCUGUCCACCUUGGUCUAAGCUUGUUUCUGUACUAAGUUCAUUUAUGGAAUUUUCCUGAGAAGAAAAAAAGUGCUGUCAAGGUGCAAAAUUAGAACAAAAGAAAUAGUUUUAAAACAAUUGCAAACAUUGUAUAAGGACAUUUAAGGAGGAGAAUUGAAAUUGAAGUGUGUAAUCAUAAUUAUAGAUCAUCCUGUCGAUGGGCUAAAAUGUUUUGCCCGAUGAAAUAGGUUUGAAAUAUACAGAGCAGAAAUUUUAACAAGAACACUUUUUAUUGCCUUGAAAAAUCACAAAAGUAUAUGGCAAAAUAUAACAAUCUACUGCAAACUUCAUUUUUGCCAAAAACAUCUUUGCACAAAUUUACCAAAAGAUGAACUAUGUGAAAUAAAUAUUUUUGAAAGUUUAUUUGUUCUUCAAAACAUUUGGAACAGUAAAACUAUGAUUAAAAACUUAAUUUUUAUAUUCAUCCAAUGUGUGAAACUAGAGAAUUUCUUAGUACAUUUACUCAGGUUUUAUAUUGCAACACCAUGUAAUUGAUGCUAAUCAUCUGCCAGGAUAGAAUAACAAAUCCUCUCACAAUUAGGUGUACAUGUUGAUCUGUUUCUGUGAUAAUGUAUUCUCCUCAUGUGCAAUCGUGUCUUCAUCUGUCCAUGUAGGUUACACAUUCCUGUGACCUGUUAAUUUGUCACUCUCCUUUGACUUUAAUAUCUUAAAAUUUAAAAUAUAAUGAUUGCAUACCUGGGCAAUGUAAGUCAAUUAACCAUACAAUAUAUUAGAAAAUACAUUCAAAAGACAACUAGCAGCCCUGCUUGUUACAUGUUCAUUAAAUUUAGGUAUAAAUUAAAAAAAAAAAACUGAAUCUUGCUUGGAUGGUUAGGGCUCUCUUUUAUAUUGCUAUGAAUUCCCCUUCAAGAGUUAUCUCCCUUUUAAUGUGAAUACUCUGUAUAUUAAAAACUAUUCAGAGAUGACAAAAUGUUAAGUAUUGUUGUUAGUGUCAUCUUGUCAAAAUCUGUUUGAUUCAGUCGAUAAAUGUGGCCAUGUCAAAGUUUAUAAUUCUGCCAACAUUUUUUUUUCUUUUUGAAUAAUGUAUAUUUUUUUGUCAAACGACCAUACCACGUUACUUUUUAUGCACCCUGCCCAUACUGUCUGUGAUAACUGUACAUAGCUGUAUGAAUAUCUCAUAUUCAGCAUUAUUGUACAUAUAUAUAUAUCUGCACCUGUAUACAAUGUACACUAUAUAUAAACUAUUGUACUAUUAUUGUAUGCCAGUGUGUUACAUUAAGGACUAUACAGUGAGCUUCACUGUUGUAUGAAAGCGAGUGAGUGUGAUAUAUGAGGGAGGACUGAUGUUUCUUUGUAUUGUCAUCAAAGAAAAAUUAUCCUGCUGAAAUAAAAUGUUUACAAUUGAUCAUAC